AUGUCUCAACCAAUGUCGAAGGUCCCAGAAAAGCUCGACGAGCAACAGACGGACAUUGCCAAUGGUGACUUCGGCUCCGAGAACGAAGCUUUGAAGAGACAUCUCAGUCCUCGCCAGGUGCAGUUCUUUGCCAUCGGCGGGUCCAUCGGCACUGCUCUCUUCAUCAGCAUUGGCUUUGGAUUGCUUCAUGGAGGAGCCGGAAGUCUUCUGCUUGCCUUCAUCAUCCAAGGAAUUAUGAUGACGUUUGUCACUAAUGCCAUCGCCGAGAUGACGAUCUUUAUGCCGGUUAGCGCCGCCUUCAUUCAGCACGGUGGUGCUUGGGUUGACCAAGCCUGGGGCUUCAUGCUCGGCUGGAACUUCUUCGUGUUCGAAGCCUUUCUGCCUGCGUUUGAGAUCACUGCGGUGGAUCUUGUCUUGACCUUCUGGCGAGACGACAUUCCUUCAGCAGCUGUCAUCACAGUCUGCAUUGCUACUUAUGGACUUACCAAUGCCUUUGGCGUCAAGUACUUCGGCGAGGCCGAGUUUUGGCUGUCUGGAGGAAAGUUGAUAUUGAUCUUGCUGUUGUACUGCUUCACAUUUGUGACAAUGUGCGGAGGAAACCCACAAAAGGAUGCCUAUGGUUUCCGAAAUUGGACUAAGCCUGUGCGGUGA